GAUGCUCCUUACAGCGUUUCAGACCUAGUUCGCCUCAUUUCAGGAAUAAAAAAGAACUCAUCUCUGGAAGGAUGAGCAGCAAGGAGCUCACUGUGGGCCAGUCCAGCCAGCUUGUGGGGCCCUACCGGCUGGAGAAGACCCUCGGGAAGGGACAGACAGGCAUUGUGGAGAGAGAAAUAGCUAUUCUUAAACUAAUAGAGCACCCACAUGUUCUGAAGCUCUAUGAUGUCUAUGAAAAUAACAAAUAUCUGUAUCUGGUACUGGAGCAUGUGUCUGGUGGGGAGUUGUUUGACUACCUGGUCAAAAAGGGCAGGCUGACCCCCAAAGAGGCCCGGAAGUUCUUCAGACAAAUUAUCUCCGCCCUGGACUUCUGCCACAGUCACUCCAUAUGUCACAGAGACCUGAAGCCGGAGAAUCUUCUCCUGGAUGAGAAGAACAACAUAAGGAUAGCAGACUUUGGAAUGGCCUCGCUACAAGUCGGAGACAGUUUGCUGGAAACCAGCUGUGGAUCUCCUCAUUAUGCUUGUCCAGAGGUCAUUAGGGGGGAGCGGUACGAUGGUCGCAGGGCUGAUGUUUGGAGUUGUGGAGUUAUCCUUUUUGCUCUUCUGGUGGGUGCCUUGCCUUUUGACCAUGACAACCUGCGGCAGCUUCUGGAGAAAGUAAAGAGCGGAGUUUUCCACAUGCCUCACUUCAUUCCUCCAGACUGCCAAGCACUGCUGAAAGGAAUGAUAGAAGUCAAUUCCAACAAAAGACUUACGCUAGAAGCAAUACAGAAACACUCCUGGUACCUGGGCGGUCGCAAUGAGCCUUGCCCAGAGCAGCCUCCUCCUCGUCGGGUGUGUGUAACAAGGAUCCUGUCCCUGUCGGACCUAGACCCAGAUGUCCUAGAAAGCAUGUACUCUUUAGGGUGCUUCAGGGAUCGGGUUAAACUCACACAGGACCUUACAAGUGAGGAAGAUAACCAGGAAAAAAUGAUCUACUACCUCCUGUUGGACAGGAAAGAGCGAUACCCCAGCUGUGAAGAUGAGGACCUACCACCCAGAAAUGACCUUGACCCACCCAGGAAACGUGUGGACUCUCCUAUGUUGACAAGGCACGGUCGCUGUCGUCCAGAGAGAAAGAGCUUGGAGGUCCUCAGUGUCACAGAUCAAGGGUCCCCCACCCCACCUCGCAGGGCUUUGGACAGCAACGCACACAGCCAAAGGUCUCGCUCAGUCAGUGGAGCUUCUACAGGUCUGUCCUCCAGUCCACUCAGCAGUCCCAGGAGUCCAGUCUUCACUUUCAGCCAAACGGAGGUCAACUCCAACUCCACGUCCUCCUCCAAAGACUCCAAACCAGGAAAUGGCACAACCCCCCGGCCCACCCGGCCAACGCCCGACCCAAAAACACAAACCUUGCCCUCCAAGGGUCCCGCUGACCGGCCCCAGCUCCACUCCAUGAAGUCACUGCCUCUCCAGACACCCCGCUCUCCCUCCCCCUCUCCCUCCCCCGUCCUGUCUCCCAUCCCACGCUUUUUCAACUUCCCCUCACCGUCCAUCUUCAGGUCCAAGAAUGUCCACUCGUCCUCUAACUCGCCUGCCACCCCUCCCCCUGUGUCACAGGUCACGCCGCAGGGCUCACCGCUGCCCACACCGCUCGGCACGCCUGUGCAUCAAAUACAACACCCUUCCUCCACCACCCCACCCUCCUCUUCGUCAUCCUCUUCCAGAGCGGACGGAAGCAGCGGGGCCUCAAAUUCGCUGACCCCGCCCUCUAGCCCAGGUGGGAGUGGUGGUUUGGCUUCCUCGAGCUCCACCCACUGGAGGACGAGGCUUAACUCUUUCAAAAACAACCUGCUGGGCUCCCCACGCUUUCAUCGGCGCAAGCUACAAGUACCUACAUCAGAGGACAUGUCCAGCCUGACUCCAGAGUCCAGUCCAGAACUGGCCAAGAAGUCGUGGUUUGGUAACUUCAUCAGCCUGGAGAAAGAGGAGCAGAUCUUUGUGCUGAUCAGAGACAAGCCGCUCAGCUCCAUCAAGGCAGACAUCGUCCACGCCUUUCUCUCUAUCCCAGCCCUCAGCCACAGUGUGGUUUCUCAGAAUAGUUUCCGGGCAGAAUACAAGUCCUCAGGAGGCCCCUCUGUCUUCCAGAAGCCUGUCAAGUUCCAAAGUGUAACCAGCAGAUGA